CAAUCGGUUAGACCAAAAAAAAUUAGUCGAAAGUGAAGCAAAAAUGAUAAAAUAAUUUAUAGAAUAUAAGAAUAUAAUAAAUACCCAAUAUACGUUUUCAAAAUCAAAGCCUACAAACACCAAGUGCUACAGUAAAUAAAAAAGAAAGAAAAAAACACAUAGCCGAAAGUUCGGUGAUUGAAUCGUUUGUAUAGUGGGUUUAUGUCCGUCCGUCAUCGUCUUGCUGUCAUUGUGCAUUGCGAAAAAAAGAAACGAACCUGACGGAGAGGCCUUUAACAUUUCUUAGCAUUUUAGCGUGCAGUUAAUAAUAGACCAAUCCAAAGGAAUCGGGAACUGAAUUGAACUCUAGACAACAUUUUCUACACCAAAACAGCGGUCGAGGUGACACUUGUGUUCUUCCACAAACUAACAUACACACAACAGCACUACCAACCGAGCAAUCAACAACCAACCAUCUCCAACUAAAUUAACCAAAGACAACAAACCAACCUAAAGAAGCAUUCCUUUUUCAGACUGCACUCAAAGAAUUCCUAGCAAGAAAUAUCAUACACACACACAUACACCGUAGCUGGCUCUUAGAGAAGGAAGACCUUGAGAAUAUUAUUGCAAAUAGCAAUACGUGACGUGAGCUGCCCCUUUGCCUAUCAAACAGCACAGCACAUCAGCCAGCCGUUCAUUUAUUAUAUUGCAAAAACCCCAUCAAAGACCAGACGCAUUUCAAAAUACGGCAUACAUUCGGCCAGUUAAUGAGAUAAAAAUUUUUGUUGAAUGUCGCUUGUUGUUGCUGCCCGUCUAGAAGUUACUUUUUUUUAUUUGCAAAAUCGUCAGCUGUGGAGGAGAUUGUAAAACAACAACAUUGCUGAGGUGGCCGGAAGAAUUAAUAUAUUUCGAAAGAAACUGUUUUCUCAACUGAGACGAAAAGCCCCACCGUCGACACCAUCGCACAAUGUCGAUAAGAACCAAAGUUUUGGGCAUGGUGGAUGUGAUGAUGCGAGUGCCGCCCAUUUUAGUUAUAGAUGAAAUCCUUAAAAUAGACAUGGGUUGGCCCAGCAGCGGAGGAGGAGGCGGCGGAGGUGGUAGUGGUGCUAGCAGCCUUGGCGCCACUGUGACUGACGCCGUCACUGUAGAAGACGCUGCAGGCGUCGUCGAGUCCAUAGUCUCCCCUGCCAGCGGUGGUGUUGGUGGUGCUGGUGUUUUAAGUCAAUCCUUUGGAGGACUAGUCGAUGAAUUUGCAAAAGACACACACAUCUCGGACCUGCUUGGACUAACAUUAGUCAAAUUUCUCAUCUGUCUGUUGGGCCUCAUAUGUGCUUUAUGUAUAGUAAUGCUAUGGACCAGACAUUUGGUGAUGGUGUAUAUGUUUGUGAUAUCAUUGGGUCUAACUUUCCUCUCACACUGGUCCAAUGUGUCAGCGCUGGCGAUAAUGGAGAACAGUCCCUGCAUAUUGGAGGAUGUAUUGUCCAUGAAUACGACGCGUUUACUUGACACUGGCAGUGUUGUGGUGGCCAUAGCUCCCCAUGUGGUGGCGCAAUGGUUUAUGGGAAUGCUGUUUGCCUACAUACAUCUGGGACCUCGUUAUACCAUACUGCAAAAGGCUAUGCCAGUGAUUUUUGCUAGUCCCAUUAUUUUGGCCACUCUACCGCUAAAGCCAAGAAUGCUUAAAUAUUUACCCUUAGUUGCCGACGCUGUUCCUUUGAUGUUGACAAAAAUCACACUUUUAAUCAGCGCCAUGGAUGCUGGAAAAACGGUGUACAAUGGCUAUCAGUAUGCCAUGAAUUUUGUAAGUAACUUUGGACUCUCAGCGCUGAUUGAAAAUGAAUGGCAGCGUCUCAAUGUGCCAAGUGUUUUAAGGGUAUUCUGGACCAUAAGAAUCACCCAAGGAUUUGUGUCAAUGAUGCUACGUGACGAAGUUAAUACCACCAACAUUUUACCCACCCUACAGACGCUAUUGGUAGAUGGCUGUGGAACUUUGACAGCUGUCUUAGGCAUGACCUCGGUUAUAUCAGUUAUUUCCCAUUACAUUGGCAAGGCCUUCCAAUGGUAUCUCUUGACCUUUGACAAUGAGGAGGAAAAAUCUUUGGGCACCGUUUCGGCAGUGCUUUUCUACAUUUUGGCUUUGCAAACAGGCCUAACCUCUUUGGCUCCCGAUAAGCGUUUUGUACGUCUGUGCCGCAAUUUAAGUCUGUUGAUAACCGCUCUACUGCACUUCAUUCACAACAUUGUCUCACCAAUUCUAAUGUCACUGAGUGCUGCUCGUAACCCAUCGCGCAAACGCCAUUUCCGUGCCUUAACCGUAUGCGCGUUUCUAGUCCUGGCUCCCAUAUGUCUAUUGGUGGCCUUAUGGCGUCGUCAUUCUCCCUCAACAUGGUUGUUGGCCGUAACGGCUUUCUCUGUAGAGGUUGUUGUAAAGGUUCUUGUUUCCUUAGCCACUUAUACCUUAUUCCUGCUGGAUGCUUGUCGCCAAACCUUUUGGGAAAAACUUGAUGACUAUUUGUACUACGUGCGUGCUUUUGGUAACUCCAUUGAAUUUUGUUUUGGAAUUUUACUCUUUUUUAACGGAGCUUGGAUUUUGGUUUUCGAGUCGGGCGGCGCCAUACGAGCCAUUAUGAUGUGUAUCCAUGCCUACUUCAACAUUUGGUGCGAGGCUCGAGCCGGUUGGUCGGUGUUCAUGAAGAGAAGAUCAGCGGUACAUAAAAUAUCCACACUUCCCGAGGCGACACCCGCUCAACUUCACGCCUUUGAUGAUGUCUGUGCUAUUUGCUAUCAGGAAAUGCACUCAGCCAAAAUCACUCGUUGUCGUCACUUUUUCCAUGGUGUCUGCUUGCGCAAAUGGUUGUAUGUUCAGGAUAGAUGUCCUUUGUGUCAUGAAAUUAUGAUGUAUACAGAUAGAACUGAUGUAACAGAUCCAAAUGCUAUCCAACAACAGGAACAAGCUGCUCCGGUGCCAAUACGUAACAGAGAAGACAAUGCUUUGGAUAACAGAAGUCGUUCCACAGAUGAAAAUAACUCAUCAUCGUCAACAUCUGCCAGCCUGUUGUCAAGUAGCAGUGGUAGUAGUGCUACUGCUGCUGUGGGAAGUGUUAGCUCCAGCCUAGGGAGCAGCAAUUACACAAUGGCCAGUACUACCGCACAUCCAUCACAGACGGCGGCCAAUAGCACUAGUGCAUCGACAACAUCCACAACGGCGGCUGUGGCUACAGCGGCAGCGAGUAAUACGACUCAUAGUUUUCGGUUUUCACCCGACCUUGAUGUACAGGAUUAACUAUAAUUUAAAAUAAUGUUAUACAUAAUAAUAAAUAAAGCAAAAAAAAAAACCAAUAUAAUAUAAAUACUAUAAUACUUUAGGUGUACUUAUGUAUAAAAGAAUUGAAAAGAGAAUCCACUUAGACACACACAAACACCCAAAAAACCAACUACAAACAUAUACAUUAAAUUUAAAUUAAAUAAAAAAAAACAAGACCAUACUCUUAAGAUACGAAUUCUAUUUACGAUGCACUUUUGGCGAUUUAAAGAAAACAAAAAAAAAGGAAGAAAAAGAA